AUGGUUGGUACUUAUGAUACUGAACAAGAAAGAAUGAUUGACAAAAAUAAACGUAUCGCUUUUCGUGAAGCUCGCGAUGCUGGUGCAGCAUUUAUUAAUCGACAAUGGAUCGCGGAGAAAAUUCGCCGCAUAACCCGUUUUGUCACAGAAUGACCGAAUUAUCAAAAUGAUAGAAUUUGGGCCUUAAAUGUCGAAGAUAUUGAAGAUGAUGAAAGGUACCGUGAAAUGGUCCAAAAUCAAGUAUGCAUUGGGAUUUUUAUUAUAUUUACUUGCAAGAGAUUACUUUGGGUGAUUAAAGGUAAGGGCGAGUCUUUGACUGAUGAUUAUUUUCGUGACAUAAUUCCANAAAAUACCAAUAAAUUAACCGACAUGGGCCGUCGAGGAAACGCCAGGAUACGGUCCGUAUCCUGGAGCUCGUAA